AUGUCGUCUACUACACUUAACGGUGCCUCUGAAGUUUUUACUUCUACUGCCACGGCUAAUGGCAACCCUCCUCCUACUACCCAGCAGUCUACCUCGAGCCCAAAGGAGAUCGGUUGGUGGUUUGUUGAAUCUUAUUACACUACGCUUAAUGGAUCACCCGAGCGUUUACACUUAUUUUAUCAAAAGAAAUCCUCUUUUGUUUGGGGUAUCGAGGGUGAAAACGUUGCUGUUUCCCACGGACGCAAUGAAAUAUCUGAGCGUAUCAAACAGCUUGCUUUCAAUGACUGCAAGGUGAGAGUCACCAAUGUGGAUUCUCAGGGCAGUUUGGAAAGUGGUAUUAUCGUCCAGGUCCUUGGAGAUAUGAUCAACAACUCCGAAUCUAGCCAGCGCUUUGCCCAAACCUUUUUCCUUGCCGAACAGACCAACCCCCGAGGCUACUUUGUUCUCAAUGAUAUCUUCCGAUACCUCAAGGAGGAAGAGGAGGAGGAGACUGCUGAAGCUGUGCCAGAGGAAACCGUGGAAGCCCCAGUCGAGCCAGCCCCAGAGGCGGAACCUGUUGCUGAAGAAAAGGAGCCUGAAGUUGAGGCCAAGGAGGAGCCCGAGGAACCCGAGCCAGUUCCAGUUGUAGAGAAGGAAGAGGUCAAGGAGGAAGUUAAGGAGGAGGAGGUUAAGGAAGAGACUGAGAAGAUUGAGGAAGCUCCUGUCGAGCCAGAGGCUGAGAAGGUUGAAGAACCUGCAGCUGUUGCCCCAGUCAUUCCUGCUGUUCCUGUUGUUCCUGCCGUCCCAGUUAUUCCUACCCCGCAACCAGAAACCUCUGAACCAGAACCCACUCCUGAAGCCCCCCCUGCCGUGACCGAGCCCGUCAAGGAAACCCCCCAGGCCCCUCCACCAGUUCCACAGGAACCACCAAAGCCAGCUAAGCCAGCUAGUUGGGCUGCCCUUUUGGCGUCGAAAACACCUGCUGCCCCAACUGCCCCGAUUGCCAUCCAACCUGUCGCACCAGCUGCACCUCCCACCAACACUCCCGCUGCCAACACCAACACCAAUGCUCCUGCUCCAACCCCAUCUGCUUCAACCACAGUUCCUGGUCCGUCUUCCCAAGCCAAUAGCGGCUGGCAAACGACCGAACCUCGACGACAGAACCGUCCAGUUUCCAUGUCUGGUGCCGCGCAAAAUGCCGGAUCUGCCUAUGUCAAAAACGUGAAUGAGAAAGUCUCGCAUAAAGACCUCAAGGCAGCGCUUGAAAAGUUUGGAACUGUCAACAACGUUGAAAUUGUCCUUGAGAGAAAAUGUGCAUUUGUUGAGUUCGCCGACGGAGCGGCCCUCCUUGCAGCUGCCAAGGAGAACCCACACCGCAUCAACGGUCAGAUCAUCUAUGUCGAAGAGCGUCGACCAAGGCCAGCGAACUACGGAGGCCCACGUGGCGGUGGUUCCAACCUUCGAGGCGGCGAACGCCAGGGCAGCCGAGGAGGUUCUCAGCGCGGCCCAGGCGAUCGAGACCGAUUCGAUACUAAUCGCAACAGCAUUGGUGGCGGACGUGGACAAGGCGGGAAUGUUCGUGGAGGAGGGCAGUAUCCUCGCGGUGGCAGGGGCGGUGCUGCGGCGUCUUCGAACUAG